UUGUCAUGGCAAUCUGAUACUAUUGCCAAGACGGAUUGAUUUGGGGACUGCAAGAGCCGAUAUACGAGUUCCCAUACCGCCGAGAAUCACCGCAGCUACAAUACAUCAUCUGUAUCCGGCUGCAAGAUCUCCGGUGAAAUUUUGAACGGAGCAGCACACCAAGAAAAUCUUGCCCGAACCGUUGUCCGUACUCGGAAGCAUUUUGUGAAGGACAACACGUUGCCGAUCAAGGAGGAGAAAUAGACUGUCACGACGCGCAGCCGCCUGUCGUGGCCAGCUAAAUAUGCUCUUUCACGUCGAGCUUAAAAGUGGUGUUCCAUGUUUGCCCCGCGUGAAAUCGUCACCCGCACAACAGGUGAAAGUCCUCUUCUUCGCGUCAUGCCGAGAGAUGGCGGGGACCAAGGAGACCUCCCUCGAGCUGCCCGGAGACAGCUCUUCGAUCGCCCAGCUCAGGGAGCACAUCGUUGAGAAGCUGCCGGGCCUCCAGCCGGUGGCCGCCACGGUGACUCUGGCCCUGAACCAGGAGUACCUAGACCCCGAACAAGACGCCACCCUCAAGGAAGGCGACGAGGUAGCCUUCAUACCGCCCAUCAGCGGAGGGUGAGCUUGCCUUCUUCCCGCCCAUCGGCUCUUCCUUAGUAGAACGCGGAGGCACCGUGUAGAUCGCGUUGGUAGCGCUCUUGGUUCGAAGGGGCGUUCGCGAGCCUGCGGUGGGGGGGGAAAGAGAUCAGCGAGGGGGAUACAUGUUCGAUUGUCCUUGUAGACACCUGCCAGAACUAGAAGUGCUGUCCACGCUCGCAAUAGUACUGCGAAAUCCUUGCCACACCGCCGUAAAACAGGUUUUUGUUCCGGCUGCUGUUUUAGCACGGGAACGCCGGGGGUGGUUCAAAGCGAUUCUCGGUGGCGGAUCUGAUACCACCCCGUCGUUAUUGGCGAGGGGUGGAAGUUUUUAACACAUCUGU